AUGAACAAGUCUCGUUCAAUUUGGAAUGAAAAUCCAGAUACAUAUUUCGAUGUGAAGUUCAUUUAUUCAUCUAUCAUCACUCUCUUCUACCCAUUUGCUCAUUUUUGUGUGCUCAGAAAAUCACCGAAAAAUUUUGGAAUUCUCAAAUGGAUAAUUUACAUUCAUACUGUUUGUUUCACGGUUGAGUGGUUGUUAAACGCGUUUCUCAUCGAUAUGUUUGAUUUUCAACCAUCAGUUGUUUUGAGAAUCGAUGGGUUUUUGAAAAAUAGUGUGGAUGCUGUGGUUCUUUAUGAAGCAUACCUAAUUGCAAAAGGAGUAACCGAAACCUCUUGGCUUAUUCUCUUCACCGGCCGACUCUUAUUAAUUUUUGAUUUAUACCGGCCAACUCUCUCUUUUAAACGAAAAUGCUGUGAACUUAUCGUAUACCUAAUUGUGGCUAUCCUCGGAUUCUGGGUGACUCCAAUGAUGAUUUUCCAACUUCCGGAACAAAAUUCUGCGAAACUAAAAGUCAUGAUGAUUGAACAGUUCUACCCAGAUUGCUUGUGGUCUCCAACUGCAAUUAUUGUGACUUCGGCGGAAACAUUUUUUGAGAAUUUCUUGUGUGUUUUAAUUAUUGUAAAUUAUUGCUCAAUUGGUCUAGCAAUCUAUAUAUCUGCGAAAAUAGCGUUUUGGGUUUUAUCGAAAAGAAUGGAGACAAAAUCUGACGCUACUAAGAAAAUGCACAAGAAGUUCAAUGAUCGGACAAUUUUCCAGACAUUCCUUUUCUUUGCCUUCUGCUGCAUCCCAUUUUCGGUUUUAUUCAUCACGAUUCUACUCGAUUUCUACAUUCCUGGAAUAACAUACUUCGUCGACUUUCUCUCUGAAAAUCAUCCAACCGUGUGUCUCAUCUCCUUAUUUUUGUACUACGACCCUUACCAGUACUUUUUCCUAGAAUUGAUAGGAUUUCGAGCUGCGGCUGCUAAACCUCGGUUGUCAUCGAUUCCGAUUGGCAGGAGAAGUACUGUCACGAGAGGCUCUAUAGCAACUUUUACUCUUUCAUAA